AUGUCUGACUCUACUUUCCACACCACCGCCCAGGACAUUCGCAAGGCUGAGUCCAAGGUUUCUCAAACACACGGCGGCAACCCUCCUGCCAACUCUGAUGUUUCCAAAAUGAAGUCGGUCAUCGACCAGAACACCAACAAAUCAGAGGAAAUUGAGAAGACCAAGGCGAAUUUGCCUUUGCCCGAGCAGCCCCCAGUUGCCAGCGACUGGAACUCCUCGGAUCAGCGCACUACUGCUGUCGUUCCCCCCGACAACAGCGGCUUGCGCGAGGGCGCCGCUGCCAGCAGCAGUGCCCGUGUUGAUGGCAAUGUGUUGCACACCAACACUGCCCCGGAUAGCAAGGUUGGACGCCAGGGUACUGAGGGAUUGGACCACCUUCCCUCUGAUGCUACGACCCGUUAA